GCCCCCGCUCCGGCCCCCGGCUUCUCUGGAGAGGGGCAGGGCUGCGGAGCCCCGCCCUCCAAAGCCCCGCCCCCCAGCCGCCGUCGCCGGCUGCGCCUGCGCACUGCCGCUCACGCGCACUUGCCUCAGCGAAGCUCGCGUCCCAAGAAACGUGUCCCACGCGCCACGCCGUCGGUUUCCAGGGAAACCCGGCGCCUCUUCGCAACCCCGCGCGCAGCCUGGGUCGUUUCCGGGCGCCCCCAGCCUAGCCAUGGCGGCCGCGGGUCCCAGCGUCUUCCUACUCAUGGUCAACGGGCAGGUGGAGAGCGCCCAGUUUCCAGAGUAUGAUGAUCUCUACUGCAAGUACUGCUUUGUGUAUGGCCAGGACUGGGCCCCCACGGCGGGUCUGGAGGAGGGCAUCUCACAGAUCACAUCCAAGAGCCAGGACGUGCGGCGAGCACUGGUGUGGAACUUCCCCAUCGACGUCACCUUUAAGAGCACCAAUCCCUAUGGCUGGCCACAGAUCGUGCUCAGUGUGUACGGACCAGACGUGUUCGGGAACGAUGUGGUCCGAGGCUACGGGGCGGUGCACGUACCUUUCUCACCCGGCAGGCACAAAAGGACCAUCCCCAUGUUUGUCCCCGAAUCCACGUCUAAACUGCAGAAGUUUACGAGCUGGUUCAUGGGACGGCGGCCCGAGUACACAGACCCCAAGGUGGUGGCUCAGGGUGAAGGCCGGGAAGUGACCCGGGUCCGCUCGCAGGGCUUUGUCACUCUCCUCUUCAACGUGGUGACCAAGGACAUGAGGAAGCUGGGCUACGACACUGGGCCUCCCGACACGCAGGGCGCCUCAGGGCCCAGCCCGCAGCAGGGCCUCCCCCUGUGAAGGCCCCCGCCCGGCCCCUGCCACAGCCACGGACUCUGGCCACGCCACCGCGCAGGCCAGGCGGCCCUCAGAGAAUGCAGGGCUGUCCUUCCAGAGAGUUGGCCACGGAUCCAUCUGCUUGACAUGCAGCCUCAGGGGGCUGGGAGGGGUGGGGGGGAGAUUUUUAUAUAAUAAAGCAUCAUCUUUUCACUGAACCCA